AUGAAAAUAUCCUUUGGCACUCUCUUAAGAAUUGCUCAUGAAGCAGCCGAAGGACUCAACUUCCUGCAUUCCUACGCGUCUCCCCCAAUAAUUCAUGGUGAUGUGAAAACUUCCAACAUCUUGAUUGAUGGUAACUAUAUGGCCAAAGUGUCAGACUUCGGAACCUCCAUAUUAGCUCCAUCUGAUAAAGAGCAGUUUGUCACAAUGGUUCAAGGUACUUGUGGUUACCUUGAUCCUGAAUACAUGCAAACAUGCCAGUUGACAGAUAAAAGCGAUGUGUAUAGCUUCGGAGUUGUCCUUUUAGAGAUCCUCACGGGCCAAUUACCACUGAAGCUCGAGGGCUCUGAGAAACAAAGAAGCUUGGCACUGAUUUUUCUGUCUGCGAUGAAGGAGAAUAAUCUAGAUGAUGUAUUGUUGAGCCACGUGAAAGUCCAAGAGAGCAUGGAGUUGCUGGUAGGACUUGCAGAGCUGGCUAAGAAAUGCCUAGAUAUGUGUGGCGACAAGAGGCCAUCCAUGAAAGAGGUCGCCGAUGAGCUCAACAGAUUGAGGAAACUUUCAUUGCAUCCUUGGAUAGAAAUCAACAUGGAGAUGGAUGUAGAAAGCCUUCUUGGUGGAGAAUCAGUUUGUGGCCAUGAAAUAGAAUUAAGUGGGUAUCCUACAGGAGAAAAUAAGAACGAAACCAUAAACCCAAUAAGUUCUUAUUAUACUAUAAGUGGGUAA